GGGUAGGCAACCGUCUACGCGCCAUAUUAGCCUUGUGAAGAGGCUGACCCGUAUGUUGUGAAUCAUCAUGUGUAUGAGAUUUCACACGUUUGUCUUUUCAUGCCAAGUUUCCAGAUUUUUCAGAAUACGUAGUAUAUCAGGUUGUUUACCUUCUUGAUCAUCAGUGUAAUCCUUGAGGAUAUUAGGGAGGAUUAAUUAGUUUACCAUGCCUAAAGGAAAACGCAAGGGAAAGUCAGGGUCUUCAGCCCCUAAAAUACGGCCAGAUGGAACCCUUGGAAUCACGUCAGACGAAGAUUCUAUGAAUGAUAAUGCCAGUGUUAUAAGUCUUGCUUCAGAUUCAAAAAGUGUUGUUGAAGAAGGAAAUGAAAAUGAAACAGAUGAAACCAGCAUUGAAGAAGAAUUUGAAGAAAAACUACGAGACGCAAUUGAUGGUCUUAGUCAGAAGUCUGCCCAAGGACGAACCCAAUGCAUUGAAGCAAUUUGCAAAGCAUUCACCAAACGCUUCAUUCCAGAUUUUGUUGUUGACAGGCGACUGACGGUAGCUGAUGGCAUUGAGCGUAGUUUGAAACGAGGCAGGGGUGCAGAACAGGGUGCGGCUGCCCAAUUAGCUCCCUUAAUGUGUGUGCAGCUUGGUGUUGGUGAUUGUUCAGAGGAACUUUGCCGUGAUCUUACUCCCGUUUUGAUGCUUGUUGCAAGAGACCCCUCAGUCCCAGCAGCAGCUCGAGCCAAAUGUUGCUGGGCCUUGGGUUUGUUGACCUUCCUUGCUGGAGGGGAGAUGCAAGAUGUUAUGGAGAGAAUGCGAGCCUUGGAAGCCAUCUUCUCUGGUUCAUACUUGAAAGGUGAUGGGACCUUACCAACAAUUACCCCAGAAGUUGGUGGCUUGCAUGCAGCUGCUCUCUCAGCCUGGAGUUUGUUGUUAACACUAAUGGCUCCUGGAGAUGUCUUUAUGUAUAUGUCAGAUGAAGACUGUAAUUACCUUCCUGAGCUUAGUCAGCUAAGUGAACUACUGGAAUCAGCACAUUUGGACCUGCGGCUGGCUGCGGGAGAAGUCAUUGCUUUACUUUAUGAACAAGGGCGUACACACGAUUCUGACUUUUGCUCAGACGUUACAGAGGAGCUUGUUGGCAAAUUGAGACAAUUAGCCACUGAUUCGCACAAGUACCGCGCCAAAAAAGAUAGAAAAACGCAACGCUCCUCAUUUAGGGAUAUAGUUCAAUAUGUGGAGGAUGAUGUUCCACCUGAAGUUCAAGUUCGAUUUGGUCAGGAAAUGCUCCUUUUAGACUCCUGGUGCCGUAAAAAGCAGUAUGAUGCUUUCUGUCAAGUCCUUGGCUCUGGCAUGAACUUGCACCUAACUGAAAAUGAGCUUUUAAGGGAUGUAUUUGAGCUGGGCGAGAAAGUUACUCCACUGACAUACGCAAGCAAUAAACAGACAAAGCAGGAAAGGCAUCUACUGAAUGCUGCAGCCUUCAAGGCAAGAACAAUCUCCCGUGGAAAGAAUCGUGACAAGAGAUCAACUGUAGUGGCCUGCUAGAUAAAUUUCAAAGCAUGUUAAUAUAGAUCCCAAGUGACGCUACACCCAUAAAUUUAAUGGUGGGUGCUGAUAAGUUUAAUUGUGCCACAAUUGUUUGGAGCAUGUGUGUUCUAACUUGACUUUACUGUUAACAUUCUGAGUGAAUCAUCAAAUAUUUGAGUGACAUUUCUGAUACUUUUCAUGCUUAAUUAUUGAUCCUAUAUCAUAAACAACCAAUCGUUUUCUUGUUUUGUGCAAGAGUGUAAGUAAAAUGUAAAGUUUAUGAAAGAGGGAAUGUGCUUGUCAAAUUAUAUUCCAGUUGUAACUCUCUAACUGGAUAGGUACAGUGCCAAUUUUUAUGUAUACAAUACCAUAUUGCGUACUGAUUAGCACAUUCCUGUUUAAAUUCUGGGAGCAGUAGCACUACAAUUAAAAUGAAAAGACUGGAAAACAAAUUCUUAACUAUGAUUUUUAAAUCUGAAGUGGUUAUUUGAUACUGCGUAACUUAGUUUCUGGGAUUGUUUUUGUGUGCUUCUGAAGUUAUAUGAACUUUUCAUGACAAGCUUAAUUAUUUUUGAAACAAGAAAUAGCUUUGUUUUAGGAUUACAAUUUUUAUUGUAGCUGUAAUUAUAUGUUGGGUCUCCUUUUUCUUUCAUUGGUAAUUUGUCUUUGUCUUCUGAAGCUAUCUCUUCCCCUUUGAGUUAUUUUUCACAUCUUAGCAUACUCAUUUCAGCAUUUUCACUACUGUCUUAUCUUACAUGACUAGGUAUUUUUUCCUAAGGGUCAACCUUUAAGAAUUGACCUUCAACCGUUUGUGAAAAUACCAGUGUUGUAAGGUUUGUUAGUUAAAAUUCAACAUUCACAACUCUUGUAUAUGUUGAAACAUGUUCUGAGAUGGUUGUAGUUUUUUACUGGAACAAUGAUUUGUUUUUAAGUUAUUUUGGAGAACCUCUUUGUUUUAGUGUGUUUGUAUUCAUUUUAGUCUUGUGGCGUUGCUUGGGUGCCCUAGAUGAACUUCUUUGUGAAUAUAAUCCUGGAAGAAUUCCAGAAAUAAUUGUCUUAUUUUUUCUUUCACAAUGAAAAUUCAAGCUUAUAAUUGGGUAAAUUUGUAGUGAAAUUUAAAUGAUUACUAUCAUACAGGCAUGCGCAGGUGCUUUCCGUUCAAUUGUACAUAGAUUUACUGCAAAUUUUGCUGUGAAAAGUCGGAAGGUGUAAUUUCAUUGGAAUGAUGGGAGAAGAGAACUUAUCAAACAAAAGACAUAUUUGUGACAAAUCACUGCCACUAUGUGAAUUUGGAGCAGAAACUUAUCACUUAAACCAAGUUUUCUGCUAGUGUCAAGACUCAUCAAAUUAAGAGAAAUUUUUACUGGGUUUUUAAUUUGCUAACCAUGUAUCUAAUCAUUUCUGAUCUUAUCUAAAAUUUGUGGUUUGCAUGUUAAUUUGAUGUUGGGUUAUGCCCCAUAUUUUUAAUUGAAACAUGAGAUGAUUUCCCUCUGUAUCACUGCCCUGCAGUAAAUGUAAAUGUGUAAAUCAAUGUGGUAAAUAAUUCUAUCUUAAUGGAAGUUUCUAUAGAAAAGUGUAAAGCCCUUAUGAUCAAUUUCAGUCUUGGUGAAGCCAGUGAAGCUGGAGCCACUCUGUCAUUUAUUUUGAGGAAACUGAUUGGCCAAAUGAGAACGGGAGCCAACUUCAAGCUGGUUUUAGCUAAGCAGUUUACUCAAAACAAAUAACAGGGUCACUCGCUUCACCAAGCAAGACUUAAUUCAUCAUGAUGGUUUCAAUCUUUAUCUUAAAUAAUCAGUGUUCUCUUUAUUUUGCAUUUUUGUUUUGCCGUGUGUGUUUGUUUUGGGUGACCCCUAUUAAUAGAGUGAAUUUAAAGAUGUCAGUUUCAUUGUAUUGUAAUAUUUGUAUUGUAAUAUAUACAGUUUGCAAUUGAUAUGUGCUUUGUCUCCACACCUCUGUCAGCAGUGCCUGGCAGGCCAGAGCCACUUCUCAAACAGUUCAGAUUCCUAGCUCCCGAUUGCCUCAGACCAAAUGUUUUCUGUAAAUUCUCCUGUUUCCAAAAGCAGCUGGUCUGCUAUAUUAGAUGUACACGCCACCAUUGUUCUUUACUGCUGCUGUCUUUGGUUUCUCUUCCCGCAUCUUGGAAUGUUGAUAUUGUAUGCUUUCAGGGUACAAAAUAGAAAAUUUUGAAGAAAAAUAAAUGUUUUCAUUUAUUAAAUAA